AUGGAAAGCCCGUUUCGUAGUCAAACAGCAAGUCCUCAACCGACGAUGCGGCAAGCAGCCGCUUGGAGGGCUUCAGCUGAGAAAUCGCAAGCACAAACCCCCGAUAUGUCACACACGCGGAAUUCUUUGGAUUCCCCUUUCGCUCCAACGCCACAGAGAUAUCCACACGACCAAGACUUUGCAUCAUCUGCACGAAAGGAAUGGCGUUUACACAAGAGCGGCAUGACGCAAGAUCUUGAAGAACGUCGCAAUUCUCGGGCACCUGGAACCAUAGCUGUGCGGGUGCUGGGGGCCGAAACAAGACAAGACCUUUCGAAUCAACCUUACACGACAUAUAUUAUGCAGGUAACUCUUGCAAACGGCGACGUAAUGCAAUUGGAACAUCGGUAUUCUGAAUUCUCCAAAUUGAACGAGCUGUUUCGUUCUCACAACAUACGAUUGGAUACCUCUUUUCCAUCUAAAAGUCUUGCUGGCAGAAUUGGGAAUUGGACCCCUUCAAUUCAGUUCUUUCCAAUCCGAAAUCAGGAGCUAAUUCAAUUCCGAAAGAUACAGUUAGAUGUUUGGAUUGUUCAUGUUGUGGAAAAAUAUAACGAAGGUGAUCUACCACACUCUUUGGGAAGGCAGGUUUACGAAUUUUUGACUAAAUUUAACCAGAAGCCUUGUGAUCAGGAGAACAACCAUUUACCGAAAGCUGGGAAGUCAAAAUUGAACAAUCCUCUUAGCUUCACUUUGGGAUCUAGUAUAAGGCAAGCGACAUCAACACUUGAGUAUAUGGUUCACUUUGAACGAGAGGAGUUGCAGUCGAUUCCAAUAGAUUUGUUGAGAUGUGCCAAAGGUCUUUGUUUCUUGACUGUGAUCAAGGCAGGUCUAGUAGUUAGCGGUAGAGUGGGGACUGGGCUUUUGACUGCUCGAGUGGGAGAACAAGAAUGGAGCGCCCCACUUGCAUUGGGGACUCUGGGUCUUGGCUGGGGAAUGCUUGCUGGUGGUGAUAUCACACACUAUUUGGUCGUCUUGACCACGAUGGAAGCAGUGGAGUCCUUUGUAAACGGAACAGUUCAACUCGGAGCAGAACUCGGCGUUUCUGUGGGACCCUUAGGCAGAAGUGCAACAUCACAGGUUGCAGCAAGUCAGACCGAUUGGGCAGUGCACCCAGCUUACUCGUACGCGCAUUCACAAGGCCUAUUUGCUGGAAUGAGCUUGGAAGGGUCCAUAUUGACAGUGCGAAACGAUGUCAAUGCCAAAUUCUACGGCGAACAUUUAAAGCCUGAAGAAGUACUGCGGUUGCCCCCACCAAAGGCUGCAGAACCGCUGUACAUGGAGCUCGAGAGAACUAUUUCCAUAGAAAUAGCUGAAGGAUCCUUUCGACCGAGCACCCUCUUUCAAGACGCAACAUCUGCCAAAACGAAAAAUAUGAGAGCGACAAAGUCAUCGAUUCAUGACCUGCCAACUGUCAACACGCUAGGCAACACCCCGCCUCACAUGGCAAACCAUAGUGCUCAGACAUAUAGCUAG